CUAAAUCGACUGCGAUCUUGUGCGUGUAAAUGUCAGUUGUUUCUCAACAUCAAUAAGGUUUGCUUCAAGCUCAGAAUGUCUCAAGCUGAUAAACUGAAGCAACAGGGACAGUUCACAAACCCUGAGACUCCUGGGUAUGUCGGGUUUGCAAAUCUGCCAAACCAGGUGCAUCGGAAAUCAGUGAAAAAGGGCUUUGAGUUCACUCUCAUGGUGGUCGGUGAGUCUGGUUUGGGGAAGUCAACGCUGAUCAACAGUUUGUUCCUCACUGAUCUUUACCCAGAGAGGGUCAUUCCCGGUGCUGCAGAGAAGAUUGAGCGUACUGUUCAGAUUGAGGCCUCAACAGUGGAGAUUGAGGAGCGUGGAGUGAAGCUGCGUCUCACUGUGGUCGACACACCUGGAUACGGGGAUGCCAUCAACAGCCAGGACUGUUUUAACACCAUUAUCGCAUACAUCGAUGACCAGUUUGAGCGCUAUCUACAUGACGAGAGUGGACUGAACCGUAGACACAUCGUGGACAACCGUGUUCACUGUUGCUUCUACUUCAUUUCCCCUCUGGGUCACGGCCUAAAGCCUCUAGAUGUCCAGUUCAUGAAGGCCAUUCACAACAAAGUGAAUGUUGUUCCGGUUAUUGCUAAGGCUGAUACACUGACACUGAGGGAGAGAGAGAGGCUCAAGCGCAGGAUUCUGGAUGAAAUCGAUGAGCACGGCAUUAAGAUCUAUCACCUCCCUGAUGCUGAGUCUGAUGAGGACGAAGAUUUCAAAGAGCAGACCAGGAUUCUCAAGGCCAGCAUACCGUUUGCUGUGGUGGGCUCCAACCAGCAGAUUGAGGCCAAAGGGAAGAAAGUGAGAGGGCGUCUGUACCCAUGGGGUGUAGUGGAGGUGGAAAACCCAGAACACAACGACUUCCUCAAACUUCGCACCAUGCUAAUCACUCACAUGCAGGACCUGCAGGAGGUGACCCAGGACCUCCACUAUGAGAACUUCCGCUCAGAGCGCCUCAAACGGGGCGGCAGGUUGUCCUCCCAUGGUUACAUUCUGCCUCUGUCGCCUGCAAAGGCUCCGGAACCUGAGGAAAUGGACAAGGACAUGAUCCUCCUGGAGAAGGAGGCUGAGCUGAGGAGGAUGCAGGAGAUGAUCGCUAAGAUGCAGGCGCAGAUGCAGAAGCAGGGAGAUGAAGAUGCGUGAAAAUCACGAUGCUGACUUGUUUGAGCUCGACCCAUCUAGACACGGUUGGAGAUGAGGAAGUGUUGCUAAAUGUGGAGGAAGAGGAGAGACUUGGUCCCUACAUCAUCUUGCUUGCCAUUUUCUUAGUUUCUUUCUCUCUUUUAUAAAUUCAUUAUGUUUGUUUGUUUUUUAAAACUGUAUUGAGAUUUGUUUUUCAAAUACUGUUGCUAAUAUUCAUCCAGUUAUCUUUCCAUUAACCUACAACGAAGAACCGCCAUGAGUAAUUAAGUAAAACUGUUGUUUUUUUUUCUGUUAUGAAAGCCAAGUGCUGCUGGGAAGGACCAUGAAGCACCUUUCAAUAGUAGCGUAGCUCCAAAACACCUCAAAGGCAUUUCUGUCCCAUCUAUAAUUAAACAGACACUGUGAAAAUACAAGCAGCUGUUGAAUUGAGUCACCGUGGCGGAUUUUGCACCUUGUUUUUGGAGAAAUCAUUUUAUACUGUUUGUAAGUGUUGCCAGAGAGAUUGCUGAUUUCUGAAGUACUUCUCUCUUCCCUGCAUGAAGUCUUGAAUUAUAAGUGCUGUUCCCCAAACGAUGCAAAGCAUAAAACUGUGACCCAUGAUUCAUUCCCUGUGCCGUCUGAUGAAGGAGACGAGGCUUUUCUCUGACCUUAAUAGUCAUAUUGCUGGUUUUAAUUGUAGCCGAGUGGAUUCCGUCAUGUAUUUGCUGUCAGACAUUGUUCUGGUUUGAGUGCAAUGUGAAAUUUCGAUACAUUUGUUGUGCUCUUUGACUUUGAAGCAUGCUGAGUUUUUACCUUCUGUUUGGGAUAUGUGGAUGAAAACUAUUUUAGCGUAUUCCUGUGGUUCAAGCAAACCUCCAUAUCAUAUUUCUGAUUAAAAAUGUUAAAAUGAUAUCUGAAAUGUAUGUCUGUUACACAAAAUCCGACUUGAAGAGAGUUGAGUGUUACUAUUUGGUCAUGAAAUCUGUUGUCAACAUUCCAGUCUUAUUAUUUUACUUGAGGACUUUCUAUUAAACAAUUAUCUAUCAUCAAAUAAUAAACUUUUGUAUUGAAAUUGA